AGUGGUUGCCCUUGGUUUUCACUGUUGUACAUGUAAAUGUACAGACUUGUCUUGGAUUUAGAAAACCUUUAUAUUAAGGAGGUGACUUGAUGACAGCAAAUAGAUACUUCCAGGAAGAGAACCACAGCUCUCUGACAUGGACAGGAUGAGAGCUGGCAUCUGGAAGCCGUCAGGGAACUGAUCACAAAUAAUAAAGGGUGAGUGACUCUUGUUAGCAAAAGUCUCCAGAAAACCAAAGGAUUCUUGAUCCUUGAGGAAUCAUACUUCAAGAAUGUCAACAUUAUUGAUUCAGAUUGGGUGUCUUUUUGAAGGACAUCAUCCUAGUCACCCUUUCUGAGGAAGUCUGACCUGUGCCACGGAUAAAACACCCACCUCUGGCUGUCAGGCUAUGCAAAGUCCUGUAUGCACCUUGAAAGUGUUCACUGUGCAAACACAUCUGCUAAUAUCCUUUGAAUGCUUCAGCAAGUCAGCACAUCUCUGGCCUGUCAGCACAGCUUUCCUCAUCACACACAUCCUGCUUUGGAAUUAUUUGAGUUAAAGAUAGGAACCUCUCUGCUUCUGUAGGGCUAUUUACAUCUCUUGGAUACAACUGUGUGUGGGUUUGAGAAAUGCUUACUAAAACAACAACAGGGAAAAGAAAACAGCCCAUGCCCACCUGAACCAAAGAGAAGCAGUGCUGAGACGAAGCAUCCAGUAGGUGUAAAUGCAAAGGCUUGAAAUUGUUUGGAUCAUUUCCAUUUUACCAAGCUACACAUCCACAGGGAUUUCACUGGGACUUGUUACCGCAGUUAAGUAAAACACUUGCCACAAAAGGAGCAAUUCAGUGAAAGAAAUUAUCAACUUACAUAAACUAAUUAUGCAUGAGCAGAGUAGGAGUUUCCAACAUUUACUGCUGCUGCCACAGGGUAUUAAAAAUAAUCAAAAAGGAACAGUCUAUAAAUCCUUGUGCCAUUAAUUUUAAUCCAAUUUCAACAUCUUGAGGUGAAUGUUCACACUGGAUACAUGCACAUGGAAGAUAAAGAGUAUUCUUGAGGAAAAUCACGUUCAGAAAUGUUAUUUCUCUGGGAGGAAUAUCUGCUGGGGGAAAAGCUGAGAACCAGUUCAGGGCGUUAGAAAACCCAGUUUGUGCGUCGUUGGGAAAAUUCCCCGUCCCUCCUUCGGCCCUCCUUUUCGUGAUCAGUGAGCAGCCCGUCAGCGCGCGAGCUUUUUUGGGUGGAGGGGCACGGAUCGCGCCGUAUCCCAGCGUGGAUUCUGCCUGCUCUCGAUAGGUGCAAAGCGUGUUACCGGGGCGGUCCCAAAGCACAGCCUGGUUUCCCUCGGCUCCGUGGGGGGGGGGGCACGACGCCCCUGGGACGGGUCGCUGUCCGGGCGGGGGCGGCCGCCCGCGGGGGCGGAUAAAGGGGCAGAGCCGGCGCCUCCCCCUGGCCGUGCCGAGCGGAGGCAGGACGGGCAGUGCCGGGCCGGGAGCUGCGAUGGCAGCCGGAGGAGCGGCGGGGCUGCUGCUGGUUAUGCUGCUGACAAUGCCUGGAACCAGAGCAAAGAACUGUGAAGAGGGAGAGUACUUCCAUGAAGGACACUGCUGUGUAUCUUGUCCAGCAGGUACUUUUGCUGCUGAGCACUGCAGUGUUCCACAUUUGAGAGGAAAAUGUCACCCUUGCAAGGAAGGAGAGAGUUAUACCGCCCAUGAGAACGGCUUGGACGAAUGCUUGUCAUGCAGACAGUGCAAAGAUGAUCAAGUAACUGUGAGACCCUGUACCCUGACACACAAUACUGAAUGCGAGUGCAAACAAGGGUAUUUCUGCACUGACAAGAGCUGUGAAAUAUGUCAGAGACACAAUAAAAUGUAUCCGGAAGGCAAAGAAAUCGACCGGAACUGCAAUGCUACUACGGGCCUAGGAUGUGACUUACCGAAUCAAGGAAGCACAGCUCUUUCUUGGAUUAUUCUUCCAAUCAUUUUGGUGGUUGCUAUGGUUUUGCUGUUCUUGGUAUUUAAAAAGUUGAAGUGUGAUAAAGCUGCUUCAGCUGAUAAAGAUGUGGAGAAAAGUCUGAAGUCUGAGGGUGGUAGUGAAAGCCUCAUUUUGCCAGAAAGGAAGACACCUGCAUCUGCAAAUAACUCAGUGAACCCAAAGGAUGAGAACUGUGGUGAGAGCCCAGAGAGCCAAGAACAAAUCAAUAUUAACUUGGAAGUAGAAGACACAUCACCAGAGGAAGAUAGUGCACUUACUGAGCAGGGCACCAUCCUGCAUGGGGACUGGAAGCACCGUAUGCUAAGGUGGUUGAGGAGGAUUCCUGAGUCUUCAUUACAAUCAAAAUCUGGCCAGAAUUCUGCUUUUCAUCAGAAUAACCUAUCUAAUGUAUCAAGUAUUAGAACACCAGCAAAUUGUGUGGUACGAGAACCAGAGCAUCGAAUAAUUGUUAAAGAUCUCUCUCAAAAAGAACGGAGAGUUUGCUUUGAGGCCUUUAUAAAGGAAGUACCACCAAAAAACUGGAGGCAGCUUAUGAGAACUCAUCUGCAUGACAAUGAUAUUGAUAAAAUUAUUUAUAACUUUGAUAAUGAUAUAGAAGAACAAUCCUAUCAGAUGCUUCUCAUCUGGAGAAACACACUGGGAGAAAAACAGUGCAUUAUUAAGUUACUGAGUGAGUUGAAGCAUAUAGAUAGGAAGGCUUAUGAUAAUGUAGUGAACACUUUAAAAAGUAAUAACAUUAUAAGUAAAGCGGAAGCUACAGAUAAAUGUUUAUGAGGAACUUGAGAAAUGCUCUUGUGUACAUACAUGUGUCUACAAACUUCUGUUAAAUGAGGACAUCAACAAGCUCCAGUAAAAGUGAUGGCAUGGACUUGAUAUCCUCCUCACCUCAUGUGGAGAGCUUGGAGGGAUUUAGCACUGUCGGUGUUUACACGGACUCCGGUUGUGAUAUUCACUAAGGUCUUUUGAGUUGUACAAUAUUGAACUCAGGCGCCGGAUGCCUGCUUGGGAGCGAGGGGCUCUUGCUUCCCUUUGUGUGUGGCAGUGCCGUGCUGUCCCAGCCUGUCUGGCGGGAACAAAGAGGCUGCUGCUGCUUUUGAGAGUAUGUGUGCUUUGGUUUCUUUGUACAGUUUUGUUUUGUAUCGGUCUGCUUAGCACCGUUGUGUUCGAAGCACGGCAAUAAAAGCCUGGUUGAGAGAGAA